ACAAAAACCAGUGGUUAAUGACGGGGGUGAAUUCUCUUUCGCGAACUACAACGAACAUUUGAAUUUCUAUCUUGCGGUUCAAGCCCUAGCAAAAACGAUGGAACCGAAUUUAAUGUCUUGUUGGCUGAAGUGCAUGGAUGAGUUUCCGUCUUGUUUGUCGUUCAACUCGGAGAAAAAAACGUCUGCUGAUUCAAGCUUUAAGAUCUGGUGCGGACUUCUGUCUGACGACAAGUUUAACGCGUCGGAGAAGUUCAAGCCCAACACGUCGUCAAACCAUUACAGCAUUCCGAAUCCUUGCGACCAAAUGAAAUGUUCUAAUGGCGGGAAAUGUCGCGCGAACUAUGUCGAUAAUACUGGCAAAUGUCAUUGUACACCCGACUUCAUUGGGGAUACUUGUGACACAGGGUAA